AUGGCUACAAACUCAUCUGUACUCGAAAAAAAUGUUUUAACAUUUCGCUCGGUAUGUUUCUACACAGGCUCGGCACUCGACUCGUACUCGAAGCAUUGGUACUCGUACUCGACUCGUACUCGAAGCAUUGGUACUCGUACUCGACUCGUACUUGAAAAAUCCCGUACUUGCCCAGCUCUGGGUCCUGCCCAUAUCUAGCUGGAACAUAAAUAUCUUUUUGAAAGUCAUAGUUCUUCUCGAAGUCAUGAAGUGACUUUCUUAUAAUGGAGUUUCGCGUAUCCUGUGAUACAAUCUUGUUUUAAUUUUUAAUUUUAAUAUGUUUUAAGUAGCAAAAUCAAUUCUGUAUACGAUGGAGUGUGUGUCAGAUUUUUGAAACAUUUUACUGAGUCGGCUGACGAGGAAAUCUCGAAAGAGGUCGAAAAUACCUACUCUUAUGAAAAAGGAGUUGGUAAAUACCAGAUAGAUUUUCGAGAAAAACGAAAGUGGUAUUUGAAGUCAGCGUUAUAUUUUGCAUCUAGUGAUGUGCCUCAUAUUCAGUUCGGGCAGAGAACAGAGACAGAGAAAAAGGAAAAAAGAGAGAAGAACAGACGGCACCUGCACUCACUCGCUAGUUCUCUUUCUGUGCACUAAGGGACUACUGUAGUUUCAUUUUAUUCUUAUAAAAAAAAUAUAUUAACUCUCACAUUAUUUAGUUUUGUUUUCACAGUGUAGCACAACUGAAUGUUUAGCCAUCGAGUGCUUAACGUUUGAAGUUAAAACCGCUGUGUUUCUUGAGGGCUUGAUCGUAAUUCGAAGUAUAUGUCCUUUUUCUGAAUGCAAACUGAACGAUUUUUCACGUACCAUACAGUUCUGCAUGUGAGCAUCAGCCGAGCCCCCACAUAUUUCAUCAAGUUUAACUUUUAUGUAAUUUUCAACAUCGCCGAAGAAGAAUUUUGGGAGACAACGUAAAUCAGUCAUUUUUUCCAUACAACUUAUACUUUUUUUAUAAGAAUGAAAUGAAACUACAGUAGUCCGUUAGUGCACAAAAAGAGAACUAGCGAGCGAGUGCAGGUGCCAUCUGUUCUUCUCUCUUUUUUCCUUUUUCUCUGUCUGUCUGUCUCCUUCUCUCUCUAGCCCUGGUGUCUGUCUGUCUCCUUCUCUCUCUAGCCCUGGUGUCUGUCUGUCUCCUUCUCUCUCUAGCCCUGGUGUCUGUCUAGACAUAUGUCUAUAGUUAUCUAUUGAUGGCGUUACAAAGUGCUAUGAACGCUAAAAUAGCGAAAAAGCUAGGAUAUAGCUCAAGAUCCGAAAGUUAGCGUAUUUUGGUGGUAAGGUUUUCGAGAAAUCUCCUAGAAAACCUUGACUACGUGAUACUCAAACGCCAGCAAGUAUCUAGUCUUGUUCAGCGUUCAUUUUUGCAUCGACUGACAUUUAAAAGAAAAUUUUUCUGCGCAUUUUCUCGAUUUUGUAAAAAUUUCAAUAGCUGAAACCUGGGACUUUGAAACGUUUUGAGAAUACAUUCCCU